UUUUAUUUGUGUCCAUGCAUGUAGCUUGACGCAGAAGGGAUGUCUUGGUUUCGUGGCUCAUUGAAGUGAUGAGCUAACGUUUAUUGGCUUAAAACGCAAAAAUGACUGCCUGUAAAAUGUCGUGUUUAAUAACCGCACUUACAGCUGCAGUAUUGUUUUCUGCACAGGCUUUCGGGAAAACUGUAACGGGACUUUUUAAGACCGAAUUAGCGAGGCAGCAUCAAGGCCAAUUCAUCACACAAUUCAUGUAUCAAGGUGCUGAUGGUUUGUUGGUCUGCCAACUGGACAACCCUUCACUAGCUGCAGAGAAGGAAUCCCGACUGCUGCUGUUUGCAAAUGUGGAUGAGGAUUGGGACAACCUCAGCUGCUCUGAAAGGCUCACCCGUGCCCAGUUCAUCAUUUCUCUCAAUCAAGAAGAACACAACCAGACGAUUCUCAAGCAGUCAUCCCCGACAGUGUGGACCGCUCUCUAUACAGAUCGAUACACAUGUCAGGUGGAUACAGCCAUUCCUUCUCAUGGUGACCUCGGAUUUACCGUCCUGCUGCUUAAUGCCGAUUCUGCAGGAAACCCCCUGGAGCAUUUCAGCGCAGAGGAGGCAGGUCUCCACACGUUUUACUUCCUCCUGCUCCUGGCCUACUUUGUAGCGUCUUGUAUCUACAUUAAGCCACUGUACCAGGCUCUGAGGAAAGGUGGUCCCAUGCACACGGUCCUGAAGGUGCUGACCGCAAGUCUGGCCUUGCAUGGAUGCUCGGCCCUUUGCAAGUACAUUCACAUGGCCAGGUACUCCAGAGACGGCGUUGGUAUUCCACUGAUGGGCAGCCUGGCAGAGUUCUGGGCCAUGGCAGCCCAAGUGUCAAUGCUGUACACCUUACUGAGCCUGUGUGUGAGCUGGAGCCUGAGUCGAGGCCGGAAACCUCAAUCGCGACCUCUGCAGUGGGAACAGUCUCCGGCGUCCACGGCCGUCGCCGUCUGCGGAGCCCUCGUGCAGGGGGCGCUUCUGCUAUGGGAGCGGUACUCCGCGUCCGAGCGUCAACAUCACAGCCACCGGAAUUUGGCAAGCAUUCUGCUCAUCGCCCUGAGGGUGACGCUGGCCCUUCUGCUGGCCUCCAUUCUCUACCAAAUCAUCUCCACUGAAAGGAGCACACUGAAAAGAGACUUCUACCUCUGCUUCGCCAAGGGAUCCUUCCUGUGGUUCCUCUGUCACCCUGUCCUCGUCCUCACGUCAUUUGGCUUCAAUGAGCACCAGAGGGAGAAGGUGGUCACCAUUGGCGUGAUUCUGUGUCAGUCCAUCUCCAUGGUCAUCCUCUACCAGCUUUUUCUGUCUCGCUCCCUCUACUGGGAAGUGUCCUCACUUUCCUCGGUGUCGCUGCCGCUCACAAUGUCCAGGAACAACCAGAGGGGUCGCUACUGAGCACCUGUGCUGGCCUGAGGUGGCUUCACCUCCAACUGGAUCACAGGACGAAGACGGGAGACGUCGCUUCGUGGGGGCUGCUGGGCCUUUGCGUUUUUUUUGGGCAGCGAUGGAACCGAGUGAAGCACUUCAGUUUGCUUCAGAGGGAACAAAGGCCGGAACCGCAAGAGAAGCGCCACCAGCGGUUUGGGUGGACAAAAGCAUAAAAAACGGAAGUAGAUGUUGAACUCUAUUUUUUUUUUUAAGAAAACAUAUAUGAUACAACACAGGGACUCUUAGUGGAAUUUAUUUAAUACAUGGGAUGGAGGUUUAUAAAAAAAAAAACAUUUGGAGUACGAGCGAUCAAAAAUGUGAAUUUUAUUGCUGGGAAUA